GUUAGAUUUUCAUUUGUACCGUUUUGUACAUAGACAAGUGAAGUUUUACAUAUUCUCUAGUUAGUAACUAAUAUUAGAAAUAUAUAAUACCUACCAAAGAUUUAAAAAUUUUAUCUUAUUUUUGCUUAUCUAUAUAAUGGUAAGAAAUUGAAAAUAUGGACAGCAGUGAGUCCCUAUUGAUGUUAGCAAUAGAUCAUGGUGACUAUGCUGAAGUUGCCAGAUUGCUAGACAAUGGUGUGGAUAUCCAUUUUACGGAAUCAACAGGAUUUUCGCCGUUACACAAAGCUGUAGAAAAAAGAUAUUUAGAGAUAGUGGAGCUCUUACUUAAAAGAAAUGCUAAUGUAAACGCCAGUUUAAAUCGAUUUAAUCAAUAUGUACCUCCGCCUCUACACCUGGCAGCUGUGUGCGGCCGUCUUGAUGUAUUAACAUUAUUGAUCGCAUAUGGUGCAUCUUUAGAAACCAAAAGUAUGGAUGGAUUACUACCAAUACACAUAGCAGCACAAAAAGGCAAUUUUAAUAUAGUUAAAUAUUUUGUAGAAAAUAAAUUGUACCAUGUUGAUAUUUGUGGGAACAACCUUCGAACCCCUUUAAUUUGUGCUGUCGUCGGGGGACAUACAGAAAUUAUUGAGUUUUUAAUCCAAUGCGAUGCCGAUGUUAAGAAAGCAGAUGUGUUUGACACUACAGCACUGCACUAUGCAUGUCAGGAAAAUCUUAAAGAUAUUAUCGAAAUAUUGAUAAGAAGAGGUUCUAACCUCGAUGCUAAAACGUACAAUGGAGAAACACCACUACAUAUAUGCGUUAGGAAGGGAUACCUUGAAGUAGCAAAGCGCCUUAUAGAAAGCGGGGCAAGGUCUCAUCUAGAAGGAGGUGUUAGUGGCAACAGCCCACUACACUUAGCGGCUCAGUAUAAUCAACAAGAAAUACUGGAAUAUAUUUUCAAAAUGGGUAUUAGUGCUAAUUUUCAAACAGUAGAUGGCUACUGUUUGUUGCAUGUCGCUGCUAGAUUUAACCAACCACAAAUGGUUAAGUUAUUACUUCAAAACGGAGCAAAUAUCGAGGGUAAAAUUAUUUCUAGAGGUACUACUGCCUUACAUUUAGCUUCAAGUUCUAAUUGCUGUGAUGUAAUAAAAGUUUUAUUAAAUAAAGGAGCUGAUGUAAUGGCAAUAGAUAAGAAGGGCCGAAGACCACUGGAUUUUGUGUAUGAACAUUUUAAUGCUGAUCCAAAUGAAAUGCGAAGAUACGAUAUGAAAUGUAGUGCGGAGCUAUUAGUAAAACACAUGUUAUUAUUCUACAAAGAUAUAGAAGUGACAACGCCUAGUAAUUUUCCAAGUGGAACAAGCAUAAACGAAUUUAAACAAAAGUGCCAAGAAGAAAUCGAACAAAUGAAAACCUGUUUGAUAGAAAAUACCACAGUGUCUUUAUAUACCUUUUUACAAGCCUUACGAAAUAGAAAUAAAUUAUUAAAAUUUUUACGCAACCACGAAUUACAAGAAGAAAUGAAAAAUAUUAAACAGUAUAUUGAGAAAUAUCCGAUUUACUCCAGCCUUUUGCCAAUGGUCUUAGACGAAGUGCAUAACGGUAUGAAAAGACUACUGCUACUGGAAAAAGCUGGCACUGCAAUGGAUAUCAUGGUUCCAAACCUUAUAUUGGAGUGUAAAAUAAAUAUCUUGCAAAUGCUAAACAAUGAGGAUCUUUCUAGUCUAAUCGAAUCAGUAAAAGUCGAGUUUUAUUAGUCAUCAUAAUCAUCAUAAUCAAUGACGUUACAACUCUUCGUGUGAGUCUUUGCCACGUUUACUAUUGCCUUCCAUGUUUUUCGGUCCUGUGCCACUAAUUCCCAUUGUCGCACUCCCAUUUUCUCUAGAUUUUCUUUCACUGCAUCUUUCCACCUUUUUGUAGGCAGUCCUAAAGACCUUGUUCCAUCUGGCCCUUCCCAGAACCCAGAACACAUUGUUUAUAAGGCGAUUGUCGUUACUGCCUACUACAUGCCCUGUCCAUAUGAGUCUAUUGGCCUUUAUAAUCUGACUAGAUUUUCCUUUGCGAAUAGAGACUCUAACUCGUUAUUGUAUCUGCGCCUCUAUUCGUUUGUCACGCUGCGCAGUCUCUGCAAGGGCACGGGCGCCCAUAUAAAAAUUUUCAGGGGGGGGCAGACGUGACGAUGUUGCACAUUAUAUUUUGUAUACUUUGGAUAACCAUAUAUAGUUAUAGUUUACUUCUUCUAAAAGUGUCUAUCUUCUGGAGAUGUUGGAGACCACAUUGACCCAUCUUAUUCUAUUUACGGCAGCUCGAAACAGAUCAGUUGACGUUAGACCAGUCCACUUCCUAAGAUUGGCCAGCCAGGAUAUACGUCUACGUCCAGGGCCUCUCUUGCCCUCAAUCUUGCCUUGUAGAAUCAACUGUAGCAGUCGGUAUUUUUCAUUACGCAUAAUGUGGCCGAAGUAAGCCAAUUUUCUGUUCUUUACGGUGUUAAUUAUAUCUUUGUCUUUUCUUAGCCUCUAGAGAAUAGUUAUAUUAGUUGUGUGGUGUAUAUAUGAGACCCUCAACAUACGUCGGUAGCACCACAUUUCAAACGCCUCUAACCGUUUUAUGGCAUCUUCUGUCAGGCUCCAGCUUUCAACUCCGUAUAGGAGGACACUAAAGACGUAACAUCUAAGAAUUCUUAUGCGUAUAUUGAUACUGAAAGACAAGUUGCACAGAAUUUUCCUAAGACUGUUAAAAGAGCUUCUGGCUUUUUCAAUACGAGUUUUUAUUUCCCAAGUAUCCUUAAUGUUGCAGCAAUAUAUAGUUUACAGCACCUGAAAAGCUAGGGGGGCACGGUCCCCCCUGCCCAUGGGUAUGGGCGCCCAUGUGCAAGGGCCAUAUAUCAUUCGAAGGUACGAUUUUACGUUCGAUUUUACAUUCGAUUUUACGUUCCCACACCAGCAAUUUAUUUACUUCUCUUUUUGUUAGUUUCCAUGUUUCGCUUCCAUACGUGACUGCUGGUCGUAUUAUGGUCUUAUACAGGGUGGUUCAUCUUAUUCGCUUCGGUCUCUGUACAGAAAACCACUUGAUAUUUUAAAAAAAUUUCUUCACAGAAAUAUACAGGGC